UCUGAAUGCAAAUUAGAGGGCAUUACACACAGUCAACGACGGAAAGCGUCAGUAAAUAGCGAGUAAGACGUGCGUUCCCUUUCCAUAAAUCACAGGGCUAGAUACUGUAUCUGUCUUUCUAUUUCUCCUGACACGUAGGGGAGGGGCAAAGGGUAGCUGCGAAUGUCUAGGCUGUAGUACUACAGCGAGCGUCAAUAGUAGGAGCGCUCAAGCAUAGUGGAGUGGUAGCAGGGAACAGAAAACGCAACUACAGCCUACAAUUCGUAUCGCUGUCUUUUAACUAUUUUUAAGGAAUUCCUUGCGCUGGCUACACAUCAAGUCUCUCGGAAGUAUGUCCAUUUAGUUUUCCUGAUAUAUCACCGACUAAGGUUUUUUCUUAUUUCUGGAAAGGAUUUACCCGUGAACGUUAACGGUUGGGGAAAAGCUCGAAACCGAAUUGAUCUGUGAGAGCCACUGAAGUCACCAAUAUUUUGGAUCAUUUAUUUCCUUUGAGAAGAUCUGGGUUGCCAGUGUGAGGAGACUCCCGAACAAGGCAAUUCUCUGGAGAACCUCAGGUCCAAGGAGGCCGACUGAAAGAGACGGGAUUUUCAGUGGGGUUUUUUUGAGCAGAAGUGAAAGUCCCAUUCUCAGAUCUCACCAGAAUUCCCUGCAGCAGAGAAAGAGAGAGAGAGAGAGAGAGAGAGAGAGACGUCAAAACCUUUCGUUUAUUACUUGUGAGCUGGGAGUACAAACCUACGAGCGCUCCUUCCAGGACGACAGGAAGCGAAAACAAACACGAGGAAGAAGAUACCUCGCUUCAUGAAUUCCACAGAACCCUGAAAAAACAAACGCAGCAAGAUAGUGGCCAGCGGCCUGAGGAACCAUGAGGACGAUGGCUGUUCAUUUGCUCCCUCUUCUGGCCUCUGCUUUCCUACUGGCCGGCCUCGUCCGGAAGGCCGCGGCGGAUGAUGACGACGACGUCACCCCGCGUUUGAGCUUCGCGUACAAUGCGAAGGAGAGGUCAGCCAAGCGGUUCUCCGCAGACGGAGUCUUUAAUUACACCUCCCUGCUCCUCAGUAAACAGGAUCAGACGCUCUACGUCGGGGCCAGGGAGGCGCUCUUCGCCCUCCGCCUCUCCGACAUCGGCCGCGGCGAGCUGCGCAAGAACUUGACGUGGAGCACUCCGGAGAAAAAGAGAGAGGAGUGCAGAUUCAAAGGCAAGGACCUGCAGACCGACUGCUUCAAUUACGUCAAGAUCCUGCUGCGGCUGAACGCCACCCACCUGUACGUGUGCGGGACGUACGCCUUCAGCCCCAUCUGCGCCUACAUCAACACCUCGGACUUCUCUCUGGUGAGGAGCGGCACCGGGGAUGUGGUGACGGAGGACGGCCGAGGCCGCUGCCCCUUCAACCCCGAGUACAAGUCCACCGCCAUCAUGGUCGAUGGAGAGCUGUACGCCGGCACUGUCAGCAAUUUCCAAGGCAACGAACCAAUCAUCUACAAGAGCCUGGGCCCAGGGCCCGCCCUGAAGACUGAAAACUCACUCAACUGGCUUCAAGACCCUGCUUUCGUGGGAUCGGCGUACCUCCAGGAGAGCUUGCCCGAGGGCAGUGCGGUCGGGGACGAUGAUAAGAUUUACUUCUUCUUCAGCGAAGUGGGGAAGGAGUUUGAUUUCUUCGACAACACGAUGGUGUCGCGCAUCGCCCGCGUGUGUAAGGGUGAUCUAGGGGGUGAGAGGGUGCUGCAGAAGAAAUGGACGACUUUCCUGAAAGCGCAGCUCCUGUGCUCGCUCCCGGACGACGGCUUCCCCUUCAACAUCAUCCAGGACGUGUUUGUGCUGACGCCCAGCCAGGAGGACUGGAAGAGCACCGUGUUCUACGGAGUCUUCACUUCUCAGUGGUAUAGAGGAGCACACGGCAGCUCGGCAGUGUGUGCCUUCACCAUGGAGCAGGUGGAGCGGGCGUUCAGCGGCCGCUACCGCGAGGUCAACCGCGAAACGCAGCAGUGGUACACCUACAACCACCCCGUCCCCGAACCGCGGCCCGGAGCGUGCAUCACCAACGCCGCCAGGGACAUGGACAUCCACUCGUCUCUGCACAUGCCCGAUAAGGUGCUGAACUUCGUGAAGGACCACUUCCUGAUGGACAGCGUCAUCCGCAGCCGGCCGCUGCUGCUCAAGCGCAGCGUGCGCUACACGCAGAUCGCCGUGCACCGCGUGCAGGCCCUGGGCAGGGCCUACGACGUGCUGUUCGUCGGCACGGAUGACGGGAAGCUGCACAAGGCCAUCAACACCAAGGGGAAGAUGCACAUAGUGGAGGAGAUCACCCUGUUCUCCCGGCCCCAGCCCGUGCAGCACAUCGAGCUGGACGCCGAGAAGGGCCUGCUCUACGUGUCCUCCUACUCCGGCCUGGUGGAGGUGCCGGUGGCCAACUGCAGCAACUACGGCAGCUGCGGGGAGUGUGUCCUCUCCAGGGACCCGUACUGCGCCUGGACCGGGCGCCUGUGCCAGGACGUCAGGGAGGCCCCGCCCGGGAGCCGCUGGCAGCAGGACGUGGAGGAGGCAGACACGGUGGCCAUCUGCAAUAAGACGGCGCUCGUCCCUCUCCUGAGGUCCAUGCCCACACGCUGGACUCCCUGCAAGGUUAUCACCGUACCUGCCAACUCCUUCAGUGUGCUGCGGUGCGAGCUGCGCUCCAACCUGGCGGAGAGGAAGUGGGAGUACAGCGAGAGCGCCGGCCGCUUCCUGUACGCCAGCCCCGAGGGGGGCCUGGUGGUGGUGGCGCAGGCCGAGCGGGAGGAGUCCUACGAGUGCUGGUCCGUGGAGGAGGGCUUCCGGCAGCUCCUGGCCAACUACUGCGUGAGGGCGGAGCCUCGCUCGGAGACCACCACCCUGACGGGGCGCUCGCGGACGCCGUGGCUCCACCACGAGGACUCCAUCGCGUUGCCCGGGGAGACGCGCUCGCUGCAGGUCAACACCAAGACCUACUGGAACGAGCUGAUUGUGGUGUGCGCCCUGCUGGGCUUCUCGCUGGUGGUCUUCUCCCUGUUCGUGGUCUACCGGAACCGGGACCGCAUGAAGUCCAUGCUGAAGGAGAGCGAGUGCCCCAACAUGCAGCAGAAGAAGCCGCGGCUGGCGGGGAAGCCGGUGGAGAGCCUGCCGCUCAACGGCAACACGGUGCCGCCCUCCGCCUCCGACCACAAGGGCUACCAGACGCUCAACGAUAACUACAUCAGCAGCAGCCCCACCCACGAGUCCUCACCCGACCUCAGCAAGAGCUUCUCCGAGUCCGAGAAGCGGCCGCUCAACCUGAAGGAGAGCCGCGUGGAGAUCUCGCCCACCUGCCCCCGACCGCGGGUCCGCCUGGGCUCCGAGAUCAAGGACUCCAUCGUGUGAGGUGGGCGUAGCCAGGCGGGGCGGGGCGGGGGGGCGGGCGUAAGAAGGGGGGCGGGCUCUCGGGUGACCGCUGGGAAAUGGAGGCCACUGAAUUCAGACAAACGGACCCUGAAACCUCCGGGCUACAUUGCGAGGGGUACCUUUCAUUUUGCUUGCGCUUCAUUUCCAUUCCACGUCACCGCAGGAGCACUUCCUGUUUCACAUCCAAAGCCACGCCCCUUUUUCUGAGCAUGCUCGAUGGCACGGCAGGGGAGGGACGAGGGUGAUUCGUUGUUAUGGUGUUGAGGGGUCACACUUCUUUGGUUCCCGUUGUGGGUGUGGCCUGCACCAAAAAAAAAAAACAAAAAAAAAACGACGACUCAUCCUCUCCAGUGUCGCCGUCCCCCAUUUCAGAGUCACGGUCUCCCCAUCAUUCCACCUUCACCUCCUGCGUCCGCAUUACCCGAGAAGAGCGUAAACGGAGGCAGGUUGUGAAGAGAGGCGGGACAAACGCACGACCAGUGGACGACCGGCAGCGGUAAGCUGAUCCGAUAAGCCAACCAAGCGGCAUUACGCCAGGAGGUGAAGGUGAUGCGUCUAGUUUGCUGGAACUGCAGCCAGCGAAAAGAAGCUGCCAGUUAUUGUGCUGCGCCUUUAGUACAAAGGCGGAUAGCGGGAGCCAAACAUUAUAGCCAGAGAGCAAAGCGAAUGAAAACGAGGCUGGAGAGAGUCCCCGCGAGGGAAAAAAAGAAAAGGACUUCGCAGAAGAGAAAGAUGGAAAAGAUGCGGCCAGCGUUUGAACACGCCCGCGCGGUCUAGUACCAAACUGCAUAUUGGGUGUUACCCGUAGAGCGCGUACGUACACGCGCAUUAUGCAAAACCCAGCCCCCGAACAUCGCGCUCGUCGCGGCUAGCCUGGUAAACGGGGGCCUGAGAGUGUGCACACAGCUGUUCAGUAUUAAACCCCAGAGGCAUUAAACGCACCUGACGCGCGCAACUAACUGACCUUCCGCCGUUCCGGUGGGAACGCUCGGACCAGUAGAGUAGUGUCUCCUCGGAUGUUGCUUUGGCCUUGCUACUGUACAUGGGAGUAUUCGUAGAAUCGGGAAGCGUGAGCGGGAGAGGACGUUGAGCGCUUUCCCAAACCGGGAGGACUUGAGUGUGGUCCCCGCAAGCUCACCACGACAUGACAGACUCAGCCAACAGCAGGGUCCCCGUUCUCCUACAUUCCUAAAAAAAAAAAACAAAAAAAAAAACACCGCCACUAAUGCACCCUGUGCCAGAAACUAGCAACCACUUGGAUUUAGUCUCUUUAUUUAAAAGUUCAUUUGCUUUUAUUUUUUAUCUUUUUUUUCAGUUUUUCGUUGUGACAUUCCUUGUCAUGAUAAUUAUUUCUCUAAAAUGAGCCCUCUUUCUGUUUUCUCUGGGUUUGACUGGACUGUUUUUGUUUUGGCGUUAAUUUAAAGCUGGUUUUGUCCAUGUAGCCGCUCUGAGAAUGUGAAAUCUCUCUCCAUGGCUCACACCUCUGGGGCAGUGGCAGGGGUACAGCACUACCUUAGACCGAACGGCACCAACGCGACCGGCGUCCCGCCGCUGCGCUAACCGUUACCUUCCAGGUUGGACCAGCCCACAGGACGUUUUGGAACCUCGAAAGGGAAGUGGAUUUUGGGCACACGUUGAAAUUAAUGACAAAAAAAAUGAGAAUGGAUCCGGUCGUCACAAUAUUUUGAAAUAAAAUAGUUUGGAUAGUCAGACGUCACCUAUUUAACACACUGCCAUUUCAACCAUUUUAAAACGCGACAUUACUUUUCUAAACCGAACCAUGUUAAGUUAUACUGAGACUUCCUAACCAGCCAAUCUCAUUUUCCAAAGAUGGAUGUUAUUAAAUCUUACAGUGGCAAAAUUAUAAACUACACGUUAAUGCUAUUUAAAACUUGCAACCCAUGUGUUGUGGAAUGUAUUGGUAAAUUGAUUAAGAGUAUUCCAAAAAUGAAUCUGUAAUUAAAAUAUUUUUUGUCAUAUUUAAUUCUGUUUCGGUGUAUCGAAAUUUGUACAUGGGAGUACAUUUCACAAGUUUUGACAAAGUACCUUCAAAAAAGGCAGACUGCGUGCAAACAGUCACAGUGGAUAUGUGUAUAUAUAUGUGUGUUUGUAUUGUAUUUGAGGGAAGCUUUUUUCAGAUGUGUCUUUGUAUAAAUAGAACUAGAUGCUACACAGUGCUGCUUUAAUUUUGUUGUUUUUUGCACAGGAUACUGUACAAGCCUUAGUUUAAAGUGGGGCUAAUUGUCGUCAACUCUGUAGCAAGUUAUGGAAGUUAUGUUUUCUGAGAUGCCUUCAAGCUUAAUAUUGUGAAACAGUGCUGUGCUGCUGGGGCAAUCGGACCACUCCUGGCCUUGUGAUAUCAUCAGUCAAUCACCUUUGUGCCACAGAGCAGUGACCUCAUGCACAUCCCAAAUGUGGCCAGCUAGCAUUCAGUGCAUAACCGGGCAUGCUCAAUAUCACCAUUCAGGCCAGCUCCAUAGAGCAUUAUGACUCCAUUUUAAACAUGACAUGCAGAUUAUGAUUGUUGAAAAAUUGGUUUGUCUUCAGUCAUUGUCCUUAGUAAUACAUAAAUUGAAAAACAGUCAAUACAAUAACACACUGAUAACAGUAAUAACAGUAAACCAUGCUAUCUGGUGACCUUUCCAGCGAUGUACUACUCACUCUUGCCUGCGCAGCUCAAUAUGGGAUACACAAAAUUCAAAGUCAUGCCAAAAAAGGAUAAUUGUUUUGACAUUUCAAUUGUGACAACAAUGCUUGCUGUUUUGUUUUUUUUUUUUAAUAGAAAUGUAAUGCAGUAAGCCAAAAUAUGAGUACAUGUAUGUAUAUGAUGGUUAUAACUGCAACUGAACAGGCAGCUUUCUGGACUUCAUUGGGGAAUGUAGCUGUGAUUUACAAGAAAUCACGAUGACAGGAGAGUGAACAGCUAUGCACAGGUGACAGCCUCUCGCUGUCUUCUGAUGACAACAGGGAGUA